AUGAACAAUUUUAAAUUGUGUGAUGUUUUGAAGUUGAAGAGAGCUAUUAAAAUACUGCUAUCUUUAAGUGGACUUACUUAUGUGACACAUUAUAUCAUACUCAAAUGCAACUUCACGUCGAAUUUCGUGAUAAGAAAAGUUGGCGGAAAAAUACUUCCCUGCUUAUAUAUAACAGCGCAGUCGGCGAGAUCUCCAUUAGUUCGCGAACCAAUUGCGUUGCCGGUGCUUGUGAGUUUAAAUACAACCAAAAGUAAUAACAAUAUCUACAAUUAUUUUUUAAAUACAAUGGCAGACAGCGAUCGUAUUGUAUUUCCUGAAGAAGAAAAGACUUUGGAAGUAGAUGUUGCUAAUGUUGAAGAUAAGACUACCGGUGGAGACACAAAUACAAUAGAAGAAGCAUCUCCGAACGUAGAAAUGAGGAACGUGGUCGUGGUGCCUCCAAACUGCCCAAAGGGCUACGAGAUGUCAGCUGAUGGUGUCUGUCGAGAGGUCUUCUAGUAAAUGAUAAUUUACAAAAUAUAGUAUUAUAUAUUAAGUUUAAUACCUAAUUUAUUUCUAGUAAAGUAUUAUAAACUCCAAAAUCUGAACUGCAUGGAAACUGAAGUGGCGGCUCUCGUAAGCAGUUAUUUAACUUUACCUACGUUAUAAGUGUUUUUGUCCUCAGAGCUAGACGCUCGCAGUAUUAUUAUUGUUUGGAAUGUUUAUUCAGUGUUUGAAUGUAAAGGCUUCGUAAUAAUAUAAUGAGUAAGGAUUCAAUAAAGUGAUUUUGUAUUUUA